CCACGUUUGCGUGCUUCGAUAACAUUAUUUGAGUUAAAACCUCGUUGCGUUUGAGGAAAAUAUUGUUUUAAAAUUAUCCUUGGUAUUAGUAUUGACAAAAUGAGUGAUGAAAGAGUUCAUUUCGUUGGUGGAGAUGGUAGUGUCCACGUGACAGACUACGUGGACGGUGGCGGUGGCGUGCAUAUCGUCGAUGGAGACUAUGGUGGUGGCGUCCACGUGGUAGACGGACAAUAUGGAGGUGGCGUUCACGUGGUAGACGGACAAUAUGGAGGAGGUGUCCACGUGGUAGAUGGACAAUAUGGAGGGGGAGUACAUGUCGUUGAUGGAGACGGCAGCGGAGUUCACGUCGUUGACGGGAGUUACGGAGGAGUUAACGUAGUUGAGACUGACUACGGUGGCGGUGUUCAUGUCGUCGAUGGCCAGUAUGGAGGAGGAGUCCAUGUUGUUGAUGGACAAUAUGGUGGGGGAGUCCACGUUGUGGAUGGAGACAGCAGCGUCCAUAUCGUGGAUGGUGAUUAUGGAGGCGGUGUCCACGUUGUUGAUGGUAUGGAGUAUGGAGCCCGUUGAUUGCUGUCUAUCAACGAAAUCUACUUAUCUACUAUGAAGAUCACUCUAAGGUUAGGGCCUUAUUCAUUAUUAAGACACCACAUCGCACGACUUGUCGCGCAACUUGUCGCGCAACCAUAUCGUCAGCAGAGAGACACCAGACGAAAUUCACGAAACCUGAACAUCCCAAUGGUAGUGUCAGAAAUAGACCGCUAUAAACACAACAUCGUGAGGGUCUCGCCCACCAUCUCAAUCCACUGGUCAUGGAAUUACUUGACAAUGCGCAUUCCACUUCACCACAUCUGAUUAUAGUCUGGUGAAAAAGUGA